AUGGGCGAGGAAGAUGACGGCAGCAGUGUCGUUGACACUGAUGCCCGCGUCUGGGGAACUGACAACUUGUAUGUCGUCGAUACCAGCAUCCACCCCAAGGUACCCACUGGCAAUACGCAAGCCCCUGUCAUGGUUGUGGCGGAGCACGCCGUAUCAAAGAUCCUGGGCGUUAAGCCUAUCAAUGGCAGCAUGAUGGGCAAGCUCAGCGGCAUGAUGGGCGGUCGUAACCAGGCGGCUGGCGGACCAGGCAUGACGGAAGCUGGAUACGGCCAACAGGGCGGCGGAUAUGGUUACAGUAAUAAUGGACAAGCAGGGUACGGACCUGGGUAUAAUGCUGGAUACAGUGGCGGCAUUCAGCAACCACAACCGGCGUAUCGUUAA